AUGUCUCUCACAGCCAGCGACGAGUACCACGACCUGGCCCCCACCGGCGUCGACCGGGCGACGCUGGAAGCAGACGCCGCAGCCCUCCUUCCCCUCCUUGAUUCCUCUCCUGGAAUCCACAUCUACACGCCCUCGGCGCCUAUUUUCCCCACCGUUCAGAAAGUCUUGAACCAACUCACAGACGACAUCAAAUGCCUGGCCAUCGUCCGGCCUAACACCGAAGCUGAGAUCAGGGACACGUUGAGGCUAUGCUCUUCCCUCAACAUCAAGGUCACCAUCCGUAGCGGCGGCAACGACGUGGGGGAGCGAUCGAUCAUCCAUGGCGGUGUCGUCAUCGAUAUGCGCUCUAUGGACUUCAUGACCUUGUCUGCUGAUCGCAGCUCGGUCAGUGUUGGAGGUGGCAUCACUCACGGCAAAAUCCUGACGUUCUUGGAUAAAAACGAGCUUGAUACGCCUGUAGGCUGGGGUCACCAGGUUGGAUAUGUGGCGUGGGCUUGUGGAGGUGGGUAUGGAGUUGAGUGCGGAUCGCGAGGGAUCGGAUCGGAUCAGAUCUUGGGCGGCCGAGUUGUCACUGCAAACGGGGACGUUCUUGAAGUGGAGGAUGGGAAGGGGGAUGAGGAUGUCUGGUGGGCUUUGAGGGGAGGAGGCGCCGGUAUUGUGGGCGUGGUGAGCGAGUUGACGGUCAAGGUAUACCCCAAGCUGAGAGUCAUGGGGGGUUAUGUCAUGUUCCCCUUUGCGGAGGUGGAGCAGGUGUUUGACCGGAUGCAGAAGCUGUAUGAGAAGGACUUCCCGGAUCACUUUGCGGGGGAGGUGUACCUGAUCGACCCUAUGAACAACGGAGGGUUGGUAAACCAAUUCUUCUGGUGGGAGCUGGGCGAUGAUGAGGCGACCAAUGCCGAGGCUGCCGAGAAGUAUCUUGUCAAGGUGAAGGAGUUUGGGACGGUAGUCAGCUGCACUGUUGCUGAGACAACCCCCUACAAGUUCCUCUACUCCAUCGAGAACCCCGUCCUCGACGUCCGCCAAGCCUUCUUCAACGCUUCCGCCAUCGUACCUAGCUUCUCGCGCGAACUAGGCGCCGUCUUCGCAAAGCAUCCACUGCCGAGCAUCACUUCAGCCGUCGUGUUACACAAUUGUCACGGUGUGGGAGCACGCAGAGAUCCGAAAGCCGCAUUCGGGCCCCGCCAGCCCCAUGUGCUGGCUGGUAUCGUGGCCAGUUGUGAGUGGGAGGACGAGGCGAGCAAGACCAAGAUUAAGGGCUGGCCCCAGUUGGUGUACGACGAUAUCACGGAGAAUAGAUUGGAUAUGGGCUGGAAGUACUCCAACUUCAACCCCCCCGAGCCCGGUGAUGGAAGGAUGUACUUGGGAGAGGAUGGAGCAUGCAGGAUGAGGAGCGUUAGGGAGAGAUUGGAUCCGAAGGGUCUGUUCGCCAGGUGCACACCGGAUCUCGGUAGUGCAUAG